AUAGUACCGUUAGCCGACGCCAAAUCCGUCCCCAAGCAGCAGUGGCCUGGGUGCUUGGCUAACAUGUUCAUCGCUGCCAAGAUACCGCUGGCCGACUCCAUGCGAUACGAGAAAUCUCUCCGAGAGAGCAACCUACAGGGAGCAGUCCUCACUAGCCGCGGGGCAUCGGGUGCCCGCGCUUACUACCUUGCACAGUUUGCAGGCAUGCCGGAUGUACAUCGUAAACUAGUUGACGCUCUCUGCGAGGAUCCAAGUGCGUGCUACCCGUGCGGCACCAGGGGAAGCUGUUUCAAGAACCUGCAGCCUGACUCCGAGCCAAGCCAAUUCCAACGUCUCUACAUGUGCCAGUGUCCGGAUGGAUUCAAAUCACUGGAGUGCGUAGGUAAUUUAUGUCGUGGCAACAGCACACACAAGCAGCCAUGCCUGAAUGGUGGAGCGUGCCAGAGACUGACAAUAGCACCAUACUAUUCCUGCGCCUGUCCAAGACCGUUCAGGGGGCAGCGGUGUGAGACCGGUGACUUUGAAUACGAUCCAUGCCACAACAAGCCAUGUAAGAAUGGGGGCACAUGCUCACCAGACGAGGCAGACCGGAGCAAGGCCAACUGUGCAUGUGUACUGGGAUUCAGCGGUGUGCACUGCAGGACCAUGUGGCUCCAACCGACCGUUUGGUACAAGCUGGUCCGUGGCAUGGAGCGUAACAGAGAUUCAAGUGUUAAAGUACUCCACACGGUCAAGCAUGGUAUCGCACUGUUGAAAGGUUAUACGAGUGCAGCUGAAGAAAACAGGCAGCUCCAUGCCGAAGUGUCAAAUCUGAGUGCACAAGCACACCUGCUCUCGGAGAGAGUUCAGGAGGCUUCCCGAGCCGCGAGUCUGCACACCAAGGCAAGAGUGGACAUGCUUGAACAGAUGAAGAUUAUCUCCAAGGACCUGGCCAAGAUGAAAUCCAGCGGAGAAGCUGCCCGAUAUCAGCUCCACCAUGGCAAUGUUACAUGGAACGAGGCUGCGAGCAAGUGCAAGCAUCUUGGCGGAAAACUUGCAGCAAUCCACAAUGAGCAACACUACCAAGAUCUCCUUGCUCUCAGGGGUAUAGGCAGAAUGAAGGGAGCCUGGAUUGGGGCAAGGAGUAACAAAGAUGCCAGUGGCAACCCAUCUCAUUACACCUGGAUUGACGGCGAACAGGUACUUGCAUCGAACUGGGCACAAGGGCAGCCACACCAUCAUGUGUUGGGACGGCGCUGUGUCUUUGUCAGCUUCAUCAAGAUAUCACCGUCUGGAGCUCCUUGUGCUUGGCUCACGGACAAAUGCAGCUCUCUUUCAAGCCUAGUGGGAGGUUUCAUCUGUGAACACGUCUGAACAAGUCAACUGCGUGUGCAAUGACUGUGUGUGCCAUGCCUGUGUGUGCCAUGCCUGUGUGUACCAUGCAUGUGUGUGCUAUGACUGUGUGUGCCAUGACUGUGUGUGCCAUGACUGUGUGUGCCAUGACUGUGUGUGCCAUGACUGUGUGUGCUAUGACUGUGUGUGCCAUGACUGUGUGCGCUAUGACUGUGUGCGUUAUGACUGUGUGUGCGCUAUGACUGUGUGUGCGCUAUGAGUCUGACUGUGUGUGUGUGCCAUGACUGUGUGUGCCAUGACUGUGUGUGCCGUGACUGUGUGUGUGUGUGCUGUGACUGUGUGUGUGCUAUGACUGUGUGCGCCAUGCCCGUGUGUGCCAUGACUGUGUGCGGCGCUAUGCCUGUGUGUGCCAUGCCUGUGUGUGCCAGGGCUGUGUGUGCCAUGACUGUGUGUGCCAUGACUGUGUGUGCCAUGCCCGUGUGUGCCGUGACUGUGUGUGCCAUGCCUGUGUGUGCCAUGGCUGUGCGCGCUAUGACUGUGUGUGCUAUGACUGUGUGUGCCAAGACGUUGCAUGCUAUACGUACUCAAAGCUUUCUUCCUCUUGACCCUAGCUGGGUAUGGAAAAUAGCACUGGUGAGUGAAAGAUUAAACGAGCACUUACUGCACUACUUACUACUAAAGCCUCUUGUACGGGCAAAAAGAAAUAGAUUGAGUAAUCCACUACUUUUAAUAGUGCAGCACUGCAGCACUGCAGUCAUUAUGAUCUCCUUAUUAUAAUUAUCUAUCCCUACCUCUAACUUUCUCUUUCUCUACCUAUCUCUGUCUACGAGCACUCUCGUAUCGCUAGCCGUAAGUAAUGAUUGCCUUGGUACUGGUAUGGUGUGAAACUCAGACUGACGGCCUGAGUAUAACUGA